AUGAAGCCGAAAAAACGACACUGUUCACGGUAUGGUCGGCAAUAUUUGUUUACUAAAAAUUCAUAAUAAAGUUAUGUAAUAUUAGUUCCUUAUAAUAUAUUAUACGGUCAUUCUGUAAAUACCGAAUAACAAAGUUUUGGCCUUCAAGUACUUUAUUCUUAAUAAGAAAUAUUCGGAGAUUUUACAAAAAAUGUUCACUACUACUUUAUCAUAUUGUAUGAAGAUUGAUAUUUAUAUAUAUUUUUAUACGUACGUGGACUGUUUUUUGAGAGAAGUAAUUAUUGUUGUAAUGAUUAAUAUGGGUAAUUGUUUCCUAAAAAAGUAAAUAACAAUAAUAAAAAAAUGAUAUUACUAUUUAUAGUGACUAACCAUCUCCCCCUUUGGAUUUAGUUGUUCAGUAAUAUUUUUUAUCGUAUUACAUGAUAUACAUCAUAAUUGAUAAUUUUAAUCUUCAAUAAAGUAAUAUUUUUUUUUACAGUUAAAAAAAAUGUACCUAUCUAAACAACCUUUUUUACCAUUGCUAUUCUUACUCUUAAAUUUUUUAAAAUUUUUUUACACACGAAAAAAAUGUUCGAAAAAUCAAAUUUGUAUAAUAUUAUAUUUUCAAAUCGAAAGUCAAAUGCGUUUUAUUAAACAAAGAAAACAAACACAAUUAUGAUAAAUAUAUGUAUGCAUAUAAAAUAAUUUGAAAAUAUAUUACGAGAAUGUUAAAAGUUCACCAAGUUAAAACGAAAAGGAUAUGGUAAGACGUUCAGUACCUACCUAUACAUAUCUUAUACCCAUACAUACGUAAUUUAAUUAAAACCGAUUGUUAAUUAAUUGUUUUAUAAAAGGGUUUUUUUUUUCAACGAUAUUUGUUAAGAUAACAUAAUAUUGAACUUAUAGGAUACUAUACGGAAAAAUCUUCUAAGACAACAAACAAAGUGAAUAAAAUAUAUAAAUAAUAUUAUGUGCGUGAUUAAUCAAAUAAUAUUCGAUAUAUUUUUUUAUUUAUUUGAUGUAUAUUAUACUUCAAUAAUUAUUCAUAAAACGUUUAUCAUAAUCGUAAUAUUUCUAUACGGGGCUAUAUAAAAUGUAUAUAUUCUCAUAUAAUAUGACUGUUUUAAUGCAUCACGUUGAUUAGGAUCUACACAAUAUAUUAUUCAAAUUUGUUCUUCAUUUUUUCCCCUUAUUGAUUUCGGAUGCAUAUUAUAUACACUGUAUACAGACUGCAGGUAAUCGGAAUCGUGCAAACAAACGACAUGACGUAAACAUUCGUGCUCGGCCAAUGGUACGGCUCGAUCACGUUGCGCAAAACCACCCCCUUAAAUAUCUCGCAGAAGAGAUUCAUAUGACUAACUAUAUUGGAUCCGACACAAACUACAGGUGUCAGUUGUACAUUGCAGUUUUCCCAACACCACAACUUCCGAUAAAACUUGUGCGAUCGUUGUAAAAACUAAAAGGACAUUAUUGUACUGCAAUAUGGCUAGAAAUUCGGAUUUCGCUUCCUAUUGUAAUGAUCUGUUAGGCGGCUCCAACGAUUUGAUAAACUUCAAUAAUUCGACUCACGGCUCCAUGGAGCCACUUGUCUAUUAUGACUUACAACCCCUAUCCGAACCCGUUAAGGAGUGUGUAUAUAGUUAAAUAAUAAUAUUCCUCAAAAAACCGACUGUGUAAAGAACAAUAAUAAAAUAAUAAAAAAUAAUGUAAACGAUUCUAGGAGCUCGUUGUGCAAUAUGCAAAGCAGUAGUCGGCUGUCCGCGUCUACAACAGAGUUAAAUAUGGAUGUGAUUGGUGACGAACAUUUGAAAAACAAAAGAAAAGGAUCCGCGCAGUGAGUAUUGAUAAAUUAUAGUAAUAUGAAUACAUACUUAUACCUCAUCUCUAUCUGUCUAAUUGGAAACAUUUAUAUAAUUUUAAAACUGUUAAAUUCGUAUUUUUAUUAAAAAUCACAUUGCACAUAUCGAGUACAAUAUUUCUAUCCAUUAGUUUUUUACGUAUGCUACCAUAAACUUAUGUGCAAUUUUUACAAUCGAUUAUUAUAACUGAUAAAUAAGAAGUAUAACUACUAAAUAAUAAUAUAUUUAAGCUAGAAUAUUUCGUGAUAAUAUGUACAAGUAUUUUAUAGAAAUAUCAUUAAAUAGUCUAUGGAAAAUAUCAUCAUUUUUUUUAUACAAUUUUUUUUUCAUUCGGUUUUUGUGAAAGGGGGACACAAAUGUAAAUAAAAAUACAAUUUUUAUUUUUAUCUUUUAAUUACUGAAAAAAGAACUUUUUAUUCUUUCACUUUUUAAAACUAUCAAAGUAUCUAUAUAUUCGGUAAAAUAUAUAAAUAUUAACAAUGUAUUAAUUAACAAUUAAUUUUCAAUAGAAUAAUAUGCUUCGCGAUAAGGAAUAGCAAUUAUUACGGUAAUUCCUUAUCUUCUAUCGAAUAUUAACUGUUUUCACGCCUAAUUUCUAUACACUGAAGCCGCUAAAACUAAGAAAUUAUUAAUCGGAUAUGAAUAUAUUAUAUAUCACAAUUUUUAGACUAAUAUAUUUUACCAAAUGGAUAUUUUGAAAAUUGUAUAAAGUGGAAAAACAAAAAGUCGUUUUUUUCAGUAAUUAAGGGAUGCAAAUUAAAAAUUGUAUUUUUAUCUAAAUAUGUGUCCCCCUUUCAUAAAAUCUGAUUGAAAUAAAAAAUGAAUAUUGAUAGAUUUAUUAGCCGACGGAUAACACUGUAGAACACAGAUCAAGGUUUAAUCUUAAAAUGUAUGUAAAAAAAAUACUAUAAUAAUAACGCCUGUCAUUUUUUUUUUGGCUACUAAGUACAGUUUAUAGUGAAUAUCAUGUUAAAUUUUUAAGCAUUUUUUUUUGUUCAACAUAAUACAUAGUAUACCUAUAACGAAUAAAAAUCCAAAAAUAUCAAAUGCUAACAAAUAAUAUUUCAAAAAUUAACAGAAAGGUUUAAAAAUUUACCAUAUCUAGAUGGACUAUUUAAGUUAUCUCUUAAAAUUACAGGUUUACGAAUAUUUUUAAAUAAAUUACAAUAAAAAACAAAACUAAAAAUUAUGCCCAUUAUUUCCCGUUUUUCUUACCCUUUUCCCGGUUUUGCCAAAUUAUUACGAAAAUUAUAGGAAAAAUUAAAAAAAUAACUUAUUUAUUCACCAACUAAUCAAAAUGGCCUGGCAGAAAGGAUAUUACUUUUGAAAUUUGGAGCAAAAUUGUCUGACAGAAAAGAUAUUAUUUUUGAAAUUUGGAGUAAAAUGUCUGGUAGAACAUAAAAAUCGAGCAUUUUUAAAAUAAAGAAGUCGUUGCUGCGGUUCCGUAAAUAUUUGUCCGUUUUUCCUUUAAGUUUUUUAGAUUUUUUGAUUAUUUUGAAAACCAUUUGAAAAAUAAAAAAAUUUAUUCUUAAUGCACCAACUGGAUCUAAAAUACGAAAAAAAUGUUUCUUGUUAAUUUUUGGUUAGAGUAAGCCGUUUGGUAGAAGAGUUGUUCACAGACAGAAAAAAAAAUAUAAUCACACAUUAUAAUAAAACCAACAGUGAUGUACCUAAUUACGGAGGUUAACAUUCGUACACUUACACCCCCUGUGAUUAUAUAAUCGGUACAAAGAUAUGCGUUUGCACCUGCUAAGAAGAACUUCAGCCUUAUUUAAAAAAAAAAAAAAAGAAAAAGGUCUAAUUUGUGACCUACCGCUAAACUUGACACACCAUGCAAUUUUGUUCAGAAUAGUACGUAAUCCACCUUGAAACUUAAUCUAUUAAUACAGCAUUCCACAAUAAACAUACACCAAUUAUCAUGUAUCUAGAAAAAAUUAAAAAAAAAUGAAAAUUUGAUAAAUUUUAAGCAAACCUUUAGAUUUUGGACUAUUUUCGGUACCUAUAACCUAUUUGAUAAUAUUUAUCACAUUUAAAUAAAAAAAAAAGACCGUCGGUCAUACUUCGUUUAAAGGGUGUGCCACUGUUGUAGUUGAAAAGUUGAGAAGGUAGGAUAUAGAAUGUAAUUUAAUGUAAAUCUGUACAAUUAAUCAUUGCUAAUAAAAAACGAUUCGUAGUGGAGUUUGGUUAUAUAUGUUUUGAAAGGCCGUUGUUUUUACGAAAAUCGUAAAAAUUUGAUAUUAAAAUGUUUAUAAAAAAAAACACUACAUUAAACUGAAGAUUUUUUCGACUUAAGGUACGACUUAUAAUGAACCUGUCAAAUUGUCAAGCAUUUCAGUUAAGUCUAAAAAUUUUAUCUAUAGAGUACACAUUGAAUUUAAAUUACGUACAAAAUUCACAAAAUUAAAAUGUAUAUAAAUAGCUCAAAAAUAACCAUAAUGUUUUGAAAGUUUUACCAUGUCUCGAAAAGGCAAAUAUAAGUUUUCUGUUGAAAUUUCAAGUCUCUACCAAUAUUUUAAACCGAAUCAAAAUAAAAAACAAAAUUGAAAAUAAUAAUAAACAUAAUUUUAAAACCAAUUAUACAUUCCUCGCUUCGCUCAGAAUCUAAAAUAUGAUAAUUGCAUUGUACAAAAUGAGUACUCUAACUAAAUAUUCCGAUAAAAAUUAAUUAAAUAUAAAUUGUUUUUAAAUAUUAUAGAAUAAAUCGCAUAUAUUACGUAUGUUAGAACUGUAUCAUUGUUAUUUUAUAAUUGUAUACAUAAUUACAUAAUUCCAUCGUAUCCAUCUUAUCGUUAAUUAUUAACUACAAAAUUUAUCAUGUAAAUAAUAUAUUUGAUAGUGAGUUGAGUUGUAUUGUUUAUGUGGUUAAGUGAUUAUUGAAGAAAUUAAUAUUGUUUUUAACUCAACUUUAGAUUCUGAGUGGAGCGAAGAAGCUUAUAGUUUUACAAAGAGCUUUUUUUUUUUUUAAUCUGUGCGCAACUGUUGUACCAAAAUACUUGCUCGGAUUUCUACAUGUAGCACCUUUUCUGAAAGUUCGUUUUUCCAUUUUCCCGAUAAUUUUCUAAACAAAUGUGAAAAAUGGAAAAAAAUGGAAAAAUGUACGAAAUUUUUUACUAAAACAUCACGAUUUUUUUUUCCUGUGCACAAAUUUUCUACUAGACAUUUUUUACCAACUUUUAAUGAUAGCGAUGUUUCUAAAAGGAAACUUCACCAGCAAGGUACUUUGAAGAGGUCAUUUUUCGAUUUUUUUAAGAGUUUUCCCAGAAAAUUUGAAAAACAGGGAUAAAACAUGGGAAAAUCGGGAAAACGUAGGAAAAAUGGGAAAAUCAGUACAACAUGAAGAAAAUAUUAUUAAAGAAAAUAUAUGAAGCCUAUUUAACUAUUUCAGUAUAAAAUGAAAUAUAUAUAAAUUGUUGACUAAUCACUAUCAACUGAACUCCGUUCAGAAUCGUUUUUUCGUAAGCAAUGGUUUAUUGUUGCUUACAAGUAUACAUUAAAUUAUCUAUAAUAGUGGCUGCACUCGUUCCUAAUAUUUUAGGACGUUUUUUUUUAUUGUACAUUUUAUAUUAUAAUUUAUAACCAGUGCUCGAAUUGGUGGAAGGAGGGUAUAGGGAGACUUUGAAAUUCAAUUCAUUUUACAGAAAUUUUAAAGUACCUCAGACCUUUACUAUUUUUUUCAAGAGGAACCUAUAGGACGGUACCUACAUAUUUUUGCAUUUUUAAUAAAAUUUGACCUUUAUCGAUUACUAAAAAAAUUAUUACUACAUUAUAUAUAACAUUUUUUUGUUUUUUAAAAGCUGCAGCUUAUGAUAAACUUUGUUAUAUUUUCGAACAUUUUCGUUGGGCCAAAAUAAUUUUAAUCACAUAGAAUCAUAGACGGAAAUUAGUUGGUAUUAUAACUGCAACAACAAAAAAUAAUAGUUACAGAAAAAUAGUUAUUUCUGUGUACAUUUUCCAGUUUCUUCGAUUUUUUUCUCUCAAUUGUUAAGAGAAAUCAAAAAAUGAUUGUUCAUUAUAUCAACUAGACAUAAUUUACUACUAGAAAUCACCCUUUAAAUUAAUGACCGGAGUCCGAUUUCUGGUAGAAAUACAUUGUUACACUCAAAAUUAAAAAAAGAUCAAAUUAUAUGAGUUUAAACUGUAAAUAUUGUCUAUUAUGAUAUUUAAAGGUGAUAACAGAAAUAUAUAAAUAUUUAAUAAUAAUAUGUCACGCAAAAGGAAAUUUUUAAUUAAUAAAUAAUUAAAAUUAAAUUAAAUUAAAUUAAAUCAAAUUAAAUCAGUUGAAUAUAGAUAUGUACUCUGAAAGUCAUCAUUCAUCAAGCAUUAUAGUAAUUUUUAAUUUGCGUGUUUAGAACUAUGUAUAAAACUUCCGAUUUGUGUGUGUUUUUAUUUUAUUUGAAAUUCAGAAAAUUUAUUUUAAUUUAAUAACUAUAGUUUAAUAUAAUUUUACAUAUAUUUAUUUUUAUCUAGAGGUAGUGAUUUUGAAGACGACAAUAAUGAGGAAUCGAAAUCUGCUCGAAACGACGAUAACAAAAAGUAAGAUGAGUUUUGUUAUGAUAUUCAUAUUAGAUGUUAAUUGAUAAUAAUUGUUUUCGAUAAAUUUGAUCAACUAUAUUUUAAACACGAACUCGUAGAUAACUAAAAUAAAAAAAAUAAAAAAUAAGAAGCGAUAACAUUCAUUUUGUGUCAAUUUAUUGUAUUUCGUGGUACAGGGUGUUCUCGUAUAAUGAUUCGUUCUUUGAUACCUAUUUUUACUUCUGUACAUUUUAUAGACAUAAUCACAGUGAAAUAGAGAAACGCAGACGAGAUAAAAUGAACACUUACAUCACCGAAUUAGCUAGCAUGAUACCUAUGUGUCACAACAUGUCACGGAAGUUGGAUAAAUUAACAGUGCUUAGAAUGGCUGUGCAACACAUGAAAUCAAUACGAGGCACCGUCAAUUCGUAUACCGAAGGCCAUUAUAAGCCUCCGUUUUUAUCCGAUCAAGAUUUAAAUAAAUUGAUCACACAAGUAAAUUAUUUUUCCUUAAAGACCACGAUUGAAGCAAUGUCUUAAUAAAAGUUUCAUUACCAUAUUUUAGGCCGCAGAAGGUUUUGUGUUCGCGGUGAGUUGCGACCACGGUAAAAUAUUGUAUAUAUCUAAAUCUGUAACUCAAGUUCUUAAUUAUUUACCGGUGAGUAUGAAAAAUGUUGAACAGUUUAAAACAUUCAUUAUACGUGCUUAUUUUACUGAUUUUAAAUGUAAGUUAAAUUAUAAUAUAAUAUAGGAAGAUUUGAUUGGAAAUAGUGUGUUCGAUUAUAUUCAUCCUAAGGACGUGGCUAAAGUAAAAGAACAACUUUCUUGUUCGGACUUUGGUUCCAGAGACAGAUAUAUUGAUGCAAAAAGUAAAUUUUAGAAUUCUUUUAUUUAUAUGAAUUUUAGGUUAACAUGCAAGUAAAAUAUUAUAAUACAAUAUUUGUUUUUUUGCAACAGCGAUGUUACCGGUUUGUGAAGAUAUGAUAAAUACAUUACCGAAAAUGUGUAGUGGAGCUAGGAGAUCAUUCUUUUGUCGAAUGAAGUGUAAAAUAUAUAGUGUAAAAGAAGAAGCAGACACAACUACCGGUUCCAAGUAUACACAAUCAGGUAAUUUUAACUUGAUUUCCGAACACACGAUCAAGGAUAAAAUACGUAUGUGGUAUAUUAUAGUUUAUUAGCUAUUCGAUUUAUUUUCAUUGUAUACCAAUAUUUUGGCCACCUUUACGUGCUUGUUAAUAUUCGUGUUCAUACAAAUUCACAUUAUCCUAUCCAUAAUAUUAUAUGAAUCAGUAGGUAUUGUAAUAAUAUGUUUAUUAAAUAACCAAUGGAGUUAUUUUGAAUAGAUUCGUCGUCAGUCGAAAGUAAAUCAAGUUUUAAAAGCUCAGACAUGAAUGGUUCUUCUAAAAAAAAUAGAGGUAAACACUGGCACAUAUAUUUAUAUUAUUAACUAGAUGGGGGGGGGGGUCUAUAAUAAUUGCUGUUUACGUACUUGAUAUACGUAUAUAUUAGAUAUUUUACUUUGUGUACAUUCAACAGUAUUUAUUUGUACGUUUUUAGAUAAACGUUAUAGUGUGAUCCAGUGUACCGGUUACUUAAAGCCAUGGGUCCAGAUGAACGAUUGCGACGAUUUAUCUGGAAAGAAUUUGGAACAAGGAGAUAAUAAUGAUGGCAUAGGAGCGGAUUCCGAUUCACCGACUAAUAUAUCCUGUUUGGUAGCUGUCGGCAGAAUUAUUAACAACUCGGCUUCUAGCUCACUUCAAUCAGACAUAGUCAAACCGCCGUGUUUUACUUCCAAACAUACGAUUGAUGGAAAAUUUCUGUCUGUAGAUCAAAGGUAAUAAUAGUUUAUAAUUUAAUUUAUUUAAUUUAUAAUAAUAUAAAUAUUAUAGUAUUUGUAUAUGAUACAGAGCAUAGUAAUAUUAUUUUAUGAUUAUAUUAUGUUAUGUCCCUUUAACAUGUCUUGAUUCUGUUUCAGAGUCACAUACAUAGUCGGUUUUUUACCUCAAGAACUUUUAGGCACCAGUAUGUACGAAUAUUUUCACCAAGACGAUAUUUCUAGACUUGUGGACAUUCAUAAAGCUACGCUUCAAGAAUGUAAGCCGAAAGAUACUGAGGUAAAUUUCUCGUAAAAAUAAAAGUCCAUUUUUGUAUUUUGGUAAUUACUAUCAAUAUUAAUUAUUGUUUUAUUUAGACUUAUAAGUUUCGGGCUAAAGAUAAAACGUACGUACAUUUACGGAGCGAAUGGAAAAGUUUUCGAAAUCCUUGGACUAAAGACAUCGAGUUCAUCGUCGCGAAAAAUAUCUUAACCAGGUAAGACUGUUAAAUAUUAUUUUAGUAUUCUCUGACUUAAUCUCGCAAUUCUAAGGUCGGAUUCCAAACCUGAUAGCAGCAACAAAUCGGAAUGUUCUUCGCAAAAUCAAUCACAAAACCACCACGAUGUUGUUAUGGAACAAGCAUUUUCUAGAAGGAACCAACAGUUGGGUAAUAAAGAAAUGCAAAAUUUGAUUACUUCACAUUUAGAAGCGAGCAAAAUCGGCAGACACAUAGUCGAUACCGUUUUGGACGAAAAGAAAAAAAGUUGCGAUACAUCCAGUCCAUCAUUCAAUCAACAUAGUAUAAAAACAGAGGUAAUCAUCUCCUAGUUUUUAUUUUAAUAAAAACAAAUAUUUUUGGAAAAUUAUUAUGAAGUCUUUUCAAUUUUGAUUUCCAAUGUAUAAUUGCAUUCGUUUAACAAUUUUUUAUUAAUAUAAUUAUAGAUUUUUUUUUUUGAAAAUUAUUUCGGUACAUGUCUAAAACAUUGUACAUGUCAAAUCUAAUAGGUACAUAGUAUUUUAGAAGAUUAAGAAUAAUAUUUUAAAAUACAAGUUUCACAGUAGGAGGUAAAAUUCCACAGAAUUACAUUGCAUUAAGUAUCACUGAUACUAUGUAUAUGAUAAAUUAUUAUACACAGAGUGAUCAACAUAACGUAAGACACUCAGUAUCUCGGAAAGAUACUGAGAAAUAAAGAGCUCUAAAAUGUUACAUUGAUAUUUUUUUUGUCUCAUUUAUUUUAGGGGGUGAAAUCACUUACUACUUUUGAUUUACAAAUGGCAAUAAUCAUUAAAAGUCCCAUUUAUAGAUACAGUAUCAGUUUAAAUACAUUUUGGUGUUGAAAUUUUGUCAUGAGAAGAUAUUCCACUUUUGUAGUAUGCGUAUAGAUAUAAAUAACAGGGGGGCUUAGGAGGACUUAGUCCUUUCUGAGCUAUCUUAAGUCUUUCGUAAGAUAUUUUAAUGUUUUGAUAACCUUUAUUGUAAUAAAUUAUAUAAUUUAUAAUGAUAAUAGUUAUAUGUAUAUGAUAAUAGAAAUAAUACCUGAAUAGGUAAGUUUUCAUUGAAUUUCCAUUUUAACGUUCCAAUUAGUGAUGGGUGGAAUCGACUAGUUUUGAUUUAUAUAUAUAUAAAUUAUAUUUUGACAAUAUAAGCCGUGCAAAUUUUAAAUAAUUUUACAACGUGCGCCGUUUUUUCCAGACGUUCAACAACAACCACGAGUUGUCGUGUUUGAGGUCGCCGUUCGAAAUGCUCAACGUUCCCGGCACGUCAUCAUCGCACAACAGUGGCUCGUCGUACGCCACAAUGAUCCAGGACAACAGCGGUAGCGUGAACGUCAACCAGUUGAGCUCGACUAAUACCAAUAGUAGCGUCAGUAAUAAUGAUCCGAACAACACGCCGUCGCCACUGAUCUAUUCCAAUACCGGACUCACGAUAUCCGGUGACUCGGACGACCUUCUCGGCGACAUAAUGGUACCGUCCUCGCAACAGUUGUCCGGCACUGAUCCCAACGAUGAGGCCGCCAUGGCGGUUAUCAUGAGCCUUCUAGAAGCGGAUGCCGGGCUCGGAGGCCCGGUCGACUUUUCGGGACUUCCGUGGCCACUGCCGUAA